AUGAACGCUCCGGGUGUUGCGCCUUCGGCCAAUGGCGCGGCGCCUCAGUGCCGAGUGCGGUUGCUAAGGGCAGCGGCGGCGGCCGGUCUAAACGCGAGUGACCAAGAUCCCAUGGCAACGGCGGGGGUGAGGAUGGACAGCGCGGGGGACCGGGCCGGGCCCCGCGGGGGCAGUAUUGUUGAAGAUGAAAGUGUGAAAUUGCGACAGCUGAAACUAGAGAACCAGAGAGCUCUUCUGGAGAAGAAGCAGAGGAAGAAACGUCUUGAGCCCUUGAUGGUACAGCCAAAUCCAGAAGCAAAGCUGCGUAGAUCAAAGCCCAAAGGGUGUGAGGAGCAGACUCCCUUAGUUGAGAGCCACACCCCUUUUCACAGCGAUGUUGUCCUGCAUGGCAUUGAUGGCCCAGCUGCCUUCCUGAAGCCAGAAGUCCAAGACUUUGGGACCAAACUCCAAAUCCUCUCUGUAGGAUCUUCCACAACAGAAAACGAUGCAGAUCAAGACAAUGAUGAAGAUACCCUGAUAGAUACAGCUGCCAAGCCGGAUCUGCAAGAAAUCCUGCAGAAACGAGGGAUCUCAGGCAGUUUGAAUUUCGAUGAGGACACCGAAGAGGAGGAGGAAGCUGGAAAGAGGUCAAGAUCUCAUUCACCAUAUUCUGAAUCUGAGAGGCCUAGUUCUGCAACCAGCCAGAAAUCUGGUACAGAUACAGGUGCUUCCUGCACUGCAUCCCCAGAGGCAGAUGCACAGCUGGGAGAAGUGGAGAACUUGGAGGAGUUUGCAUUACGCCCUGCUCCGCGUGGCAUUACAGUGAAGUGUCGAAUCACUAGAGAUAAGAAAGGAAUGGACCGAGGCCUCUUCCCCACCUACUAUAUGCACCUGGAAAGGGAUGAUAACAGAAAGACAUUCCUUCUUGCAGGGAGAAAACGGAAAAAGAGCAAAACAUCCAAUUAUCUCAUUUCAAUUGACCCAACAGAUUUAUCCCGGGAAGGGGAAAGUUUCAUUGGAAAACUCAGGUCCAACCUUAUGGGAACAAAAUUUACUGUCUAUGAUCAUGGAGUUAGCCCAGGCAAGGCACAAGGGCUCAUAGAAAAGGCCCAUACCCGACAGGAGCUUGCAGCCAUUUGUUACGAAACCAAUGUCCUAGGAUUCAAAGGCCCCAGGAAGAUGUCAGUGAUCAUUCCAGGGAUGAACAUGAACCACAAGCGGAUUCCAAUCAGACCACGCAAUGAACAUGAGAGUUUGCUAUCAAAAUGGCAAAAUAAAAACCUGGAAAACCUGAUUGAGCUGCACAACAAGGCGCCAGUGUGGAAUGAUGACACUCAGUCGUACGUCUUGAAUUUCCAUGGGAGAGUCACUCAGGCCUCGGUGAAGAACUUCCAGAUUGUCCAUGAGAAUGACCCUGACUACAUUGUGAUGCAGUUUGGCCGUGUAGCAGAAGACGUGUUCACUCUGGACUAUAAUUACCCACUGUGUGCCCUCCAGGCCUUUGCCAUUGGACUCUCCAGCUUUGACAGCAAAUUGGCAUGUGAAUGAUGGAGACAGCAGACUUGGACGUGGAACUUGCUCCCAUCCCUGCACCUUGUAGAUGAGUUCUGGGUGGAAUCAUGAGAAGUAUCCUGGGGACAGAAGGGGAACUGGAGGCCAGAUAUCUGUGGGCUUAACAAGAAACAAAUAGUAGAUUUAGGGGCUUUACAGUAGCUGAUAGAGACCAUGGCCCUUUUUGGAAGGGAGAUCUCUGCAUGUGCCCUGGGGGAAGGCAAGGAUAAUGUGUGAUGUCUUUGUUAUCAGUAUUAAUGCUGCAUUGAGAAUCUUGAUCGGAGAUGGUGUGAGAGAGCUAAUCCUGCUCCUUAGCAGCUAAGCAUCACUGUGACUAGGAAUUCCUGCAGUGGGGAUCAGAUUAGUAGUGCUUUAGGCGAGGCACCUUGGAUCUCACAACACCCCUCUGCUCAUGCAGCGUAUAUUAAGAUUCGUUUAGAGAAGGAAGAACAGGUACAGUCUGUGCCGUCUCUUACCCCGCAGAGUAACUCUCCUGUCUAAGGCAAAGUUCAGAGAAAGAAGAGAGGGUAUAAGCCUGAUGUCCCUGUGCAACUGUAAGCACUGUUCAAUGAACAAAGAAUAGAAACAAGCCCCAUGCCUCUAUAGCCACCCUUUUACUCUGCAGGAUAAUUCUCUUUCAAGGCUGAUGGAUCCCAGUUCCUGUUAAUUGUUCUGCUGCUCAUUAUCCUGUGACAACCCUUUUACCAAAUAAAGAUCCCCCAUCAUUAGGGAUGUGAGAAAAACUCCUAUGGUCACUUCUAAGUAAGUAAUAUUUGUAUUAUGACCAUCACUGUUUCUUUGAUUCCUAACAGUUCUAAAAGUCAAAUUGAAUGGAUCAUUGGACCUGACAGAAACUGGCUGAGAAAGGCAUGCCAUUGACUAUUCCUGAUAUGCAGCAUCCUGAUUGCCUUAAAUACUAGAUUCUGUAGGUCAGUCAAUCAGAAACAUUUUUUUUUAAAUUUCUUUUAUGAAUAGUUUGCUGCAUUUUAGGAAUAAACUGAUGUCUGAAGCUUUUCUUUGUUUUGUUUAACUUUUUACUCAGCAAAUAAGAGCCUCUUCUGCAGCAGUCUGAAUGGCUGAUUCCAGUUGCAUGUGGUAUAAUAACCAUAGAUAUGUCAAAUCAUGACCAGUUCAGUCUGUUUUAUAUAAUCAUUUAAUCUGAAUACGAGAUUAACCAAAAAUAAGAUUAUAGACAUUUUCCAAGGCACAAAGAGAGAAGAAUAUUGCAACAAGAGUAGCCAAAGUACUGCUCAUCGGGCUCCAUAAUGUGUCCUGUAGCAGCCCUCAUCUUUAAUUCUGGGUUGCAGUCAGUGGAGAUCACAAGUCCCAGCAUGCAAUCCUCCUUGAUCCACCAGCCUCAACUUGGAUCACAUUGGAACACUGCAUAUUGAGACCUAUAGGUUACAUGGGCUGCACAUCUGCUGCAUAUUAAAAAAUAGGGCAGCUACCAUCCUGUCCAUUUCAUGUUCUUUAUGUACAGCUAUCAGGAUCUUUCCUUUCACAUUCAUUAUGUACAGUUAAUUGCUCAUUUGUCCCUCUGUUAAGCAAACUGGGUGUCUCCUUUUUUGCAUGUACUGAUCUGUUUUUAAAGGUCAUUGGCAGCCCAUGAGUCCUAUCUAGAUGCCCCCAGCAACCAGACUUUCAUCAUUGUGCCACAGUCUUUGCAUUAUAUGUCACAUAAGUCUCUCUGUUGGUGGGUAUCAUCUUGCUGUUUAAUUUUCCAAAACAUCAAACUUUGUGUAGACAUUUUCUGAUGCCAGAAAAAAUGCUUCAAUCAUAGUCACAUGUAAUCUCUGUAUUUAAUUGUAAAUGGUGAAUUGUUGCUGAUAGCUCCAGUUCUAAAAAAUGCUUAUCUCACAAGUUCCCAAGCUACACUGGCUGAGGUGCCAUUGCAUUCAAAGCAAUCUCAUCAGCAUAGCACUCAGCAAAGAGUUUGCUCCAGGUACCUCU